GAGCGUUUGGUCGCUCAAAACGGCGUCGGUUUAGAUAUUCAUUUUCGCACCAUUCUCCCCCCCUUCCACUCUCGGACCUGCCACUGGCUAGGGUUUUGUCUCCAACAUUCUAGAAUCGUCUAUUUUCCAUAAAACCCCACUCCCCGGGUUCAGCUCCUUCCAUAUCAGCCAUCGGAGAACGGUCGAAGUUUCCUUCCAAGCAUACAAUCUCAACCAAAUCUCCCUCCAAGAAAUGGCGACUGCUCAGUUCACUGCCUCGUCCAUUUCCUCCAGAAGCUUGCGCUCCUUCGAAGGGCUUAGACCUUCGACCGUCGGGAUCUCUUCUGUCGCUCCAAUUAGGCCUGUGGGUCUCGCCAGCAGGUCCUUCCGGGGUCUCGUGGUUAAAGCUGCUACUGUGGUUGCUCCUAAGUACACUUCCAUUAAGCCCCUGGGUGAUAGGGUAUUAGUGAAGAUUAAAAUUGCAGAGGAGAAGACUUCAGGAGGUAUUUUACUACCAACAACGGCUCAAACAAAGCCUCAAGGUGGUGAGAUUGUUGCAGUUGGAGAGGGUAGGACUAUUGGGAAGAACAAAGUGGACAUCGGUGUGAAGACUGGUGCCCAAGUAGUGUACUCUAAGUAUGCAGGGACUGAAUUGGAAUUCAAUGGUUUAAAUCAUCUUAUACUCAAGGAGGAUGACAUUGUUGGUAUCCUCGAGACAGAUGAUGUCAAGGAUCUCAAACCACUGAAUGACAGAGUUUUAAUCAAGGUUGCUCAGGCCGAGGAAAAGACUGCUGGAGGGUUGUUGCUAACUGAGGCAAACAAGGAGAAGCCUUCCAUUGGAACGGUGGUUGCGGUUGGUCCAGGUCCAUUGGAUGAGGAAGGUAACAGAAAGUCACUCUCAAUCACCACAGGGAACACAGUUUUGUACUCCAAAUAUGCGGGGAACGAUUUCAAGGGCAGUGAUGGUUUCGACUAUAUUGCUCUCAGGGCAUCUGAGGUGAUGGCUGUACUGUCCUAGUGUUCAUGUACCCCCUUGCUUCUUCCAAAAAAAAACAAAUAGUUUCAGGCA